UCUUUGCGCGCAACCGCCCAUCCGAGGACGAGCAGGCUUUCUGUGUUUGAAUGAAAACUCGUCUUACUGGUGGCUCAGAGUUUUAAAGCGGUGCGUCUGCAGAGCUUGUCUAAUGUUAGAUCAGUGGACCAGUUGUAGGUUUAACCCAACUAAUGAACUACCAGCGAGUCAUUGCAAAGAUAAUAUAAUAUAAGAGCCAAUGCAUUCAUUGUUUACCCAAUUGUCACUUCAGAAAGCUUUACACGUGGCUCACUACCUCUCCUGCUCGACGUUUAUUUCCAAGUUUCAGACUUGCUGUAUUUUUUUGUGAACAGUUUAUAACAAAAUAUACGCAGUUGUAUUAAAUACAGAUCAAAUACAGAGCAAUGUGUGGCCAAUUCUAAAAUGUGUAAAUAAAAUCUCUAAUUUGAAACAAGUGAAGCCUCACAUCUGUGAAACGUAUUUCUGCAGCAUCAGUGUAUCAGAAGCAGAUGGUCCUCUAUCUGCAGUUGCAUCGUCAGGCCUUCUGCAGCGCAUUUGUCAUCAUUAGAGCCAGUGACGCCUUUACACUGCACACACUCCAUUGUGGUUUGCUUUGUAGCACCCCCCUCUGUGUGUGACAGGCUGUGACAGCCAGUCCAUGUAUGGAGAGUGCACUUAGUGUUUCUAUGGAGACCAGUAAACUGUGCAGAGGGAAAUGGAAAGAAGAAAAGAAGAAUUGGAGGAGUUGGGACACAAAAAGCAUCCAGAGUAUGCACACAGACAGAGUUUUUAGAAGUUGGAUGUAAUUCUUCUACCAGCAGAGGAGAGCUGAUGCUUUACUGAACCAACACAUCAAAGAUGCCAAUUCAACCAAGGUCCUCUGCACACAACGCCAAGAUGAAGACUGCACUGAGUACCUGGACUCCUCUGAACCACCCGCUGUCCAACAGCAAGGUGUUUGACGAAAGGAGAAACCUUCUGGCAAAGUGGUUUGUCAGGUGGUCUGACAGCCAGAGGAGGGCGGUGCUGCAGGACUUCAUAAUGAGCUGCUCCAAAAAUCAGCUGAUGUUCCUGAGCCUCAGUGUGAGCAGACGGCUCCCCCUGCAGGCCGCAGACUUCACCUGCCUGCUUCCCAGAGCCCUCAGCCUCUACCUCUUCUCCUUCCUCGACCCACGCAGUCUCUGUCGUUGUGCCCAGGUGAGCUGGCACUGGAAGACCAUCAUGGAACUGGACCAGCUGUGGAUGCCAAAGUGUGUGAGGCUUGGGUGGUGCAUCAACUUCUCCCCCACACCGUUUGAGCAGGGCGUCUGGAAGAGACACUACAUCCACACUGUGCAGGAGCUGCGACUCAAAUACCUGCAGACUGCCUUUUACCAGCAGCAGUUGAUCCAUGUACAUGCUCCACAUGUAUCAGACAUCAGACAUGAAGACAGUAUGCAGCAUCCAGAAUCCAGCUCCCUGCAUCUCAGAGGCAUCUCCAGGAAGAAGCAGCAGUCUGCACCUCCACCAUGGAGAGACUCUGACAGAUAUCCCAAAGACACACUACGCUUCAACUACCUGGACAACAUGGAUCCCACUGAACGAGCACUCGAUGUACAAAUGAAAAUCCGAGCCUCCACAAACACGGGGAGGCCUACCGAUGUGAGCAAGAGAUCGAUCUCUGAGACAAACUACAAACUACGUAAAGCCAAAUCAAUGAUGUUCCUUAACUCUAACAGCAGACCCCAACAUCCUCUCCCCCCUCCUCCUCCUCCUCCUCCUCCUCCUCCUCCCCAUGAGACUAAAUCUCGACCGUCUUGGGCAGCUUGCCUUCAUGACCACCCAGUCACCAAGGAGACCACCAAGAGCAUGGUGGACCUGGCCCAGUGGAAUGCUGGGAUAUGUCCCCGGCCUGUGAGGACAGUGGUGCCUCGUCUGAGUGUGGAGGCGCUCAGGGCUUCCCAGCGCUCUCACCGGAGUGUUCCCAGUGAACCGCUGUUUCAGACAUGGACUGUGCCGACCUCACACAUUCAAGAUACACGGUGAAGUAUGUCGCCACCAUCAGGAGAACAUCAGUACUGCAGCCCGAGGACAAGAUUCAGAGCAUCUGCUCCUAUCUGGAGUGGUUCAGUUUAUCAUGCACUUGUGGUGCAUUAAUCACUGCAGUUCUUGUGUGCGCAUAGAGCUGAACUGAGAUAAAAAGAGAGCUGAAAUGGAUGAUGUGUUUUAAACUUUAGACUUGAGUUUACACUUGGAAUAAAGAGCCAAUUUAAAAAAAACAUGUUAAACAAGGAUGUCCAACAUUUAAAUAUAGUAUGGGGCUUAAUUUCAAGACUUUUACAAUGUGUUUCCUUUUUUUACUGCAAUUAUUGUUUGAUAAUUGGGUCUUGAAUGUGUUUGUAUCUUAUGUAUUUUCACACAGUCCUGCUGUUUCAAUGUUGCUAACAAAAGCAGCAACUAGCCAUCAAAAGGCAGUCAGAAUAUAAAAAGAAGACUCUUAAACAGGAUACAUUUAAGUUUGAGACAAACUACAUUAUGGGCGUCAGGUGAGGACAGUAUAAUAAGCCGGCACUAAGUGUGUGUCACAUGUUGUAAAUAAGAAGAACAAAAGUAUAUUUAUAAGAAAUGUACCACCUUUAUUAUCCAAUCCACACAUACCAUUCAAUUUGCAAUACAAAGCCAAAGCAUCUUAUAUAAACAUGAGUCUGGACUCCAAAAAUAUUAAACACAGCUGUCAGUUUCAGACAGCUCUCAGGAUUCAAAACAACAUCUUGCAUACAACACACAGUAGCAUAUCUGUGGCACAGAGGGAAGCGUCGUGUACAUCAAUCCUGACAGAAGAUUUGUCUCUCUCCUUUAAAGCAACUUCAGUCAGAUAGGAAAUAUCAAUAUCAUGCAUACACCUCGCUCCGAGUCCCGCCCAUGUACAGUUUUCACUUAUUGCAUAUAAAACAUUGCAUUCAAAGUAUGGCUCACACACAUGAAUAUAUUACUAAAUACAAGAGGGAAGAAACAAACUUAAAGAAGAGUGAAUACCUUACAUGUUACUUCAAUGUCAACCAAAUGACUGUUAAUGUAUUCAUGAGAGUGGAUCUGUAAAUGUCCUGUUUGACUUCUGGGUGAAAUAAAAGUACUUCCUGUUGUGA